UCACUCGAUUCGAUGGGACCUUCGGCGGGCGGUGGGAGUUCCGGUGUUGGUACACUGUCCGGCACAAGAAUGAUCCACUCGCUAAGUACACCGUCGGGUGUGGACGGAACGGUGUCCGCAUCUCAUUCGCGCGGUGGAAAGAAGCUGGCCGUGCGCAUUCAAAUGCUGGAUGAUUCUGUCACCAUGUUUCAAGUGCAGGCAAAAGCGACCGGCAAAGUGCUGUUUGAACAGGUGUGCCGUCAGCUAAACCUGCUGGAAGCAGAUUACUUUGGGCUAGAGUAUCAGGAAUCACAAUCCGGCACCAAAUAUUGGCUCGAUCUGGAGAAACCUCUCAAUCGGCAGGUUGGCCUUUCCCUGAUCGAACCAGUGUUACGGUUCUGCGUCAAAUUCUACACACCCGAUCCGCUGCAGUUGGAGGAAGAAUAUACGCGCUAUUUGUUCUGUCUGCAAGUGAAGCGUGAUCUGGCAACCGGCAGCCUCCAGUGCAACGACAAUACGGCAGCCCUCAUGGCAAGCUACAUUGUGCAAGCUUCCUGUGGGGAUUAUGCGGCGGAGGAUUAUCCCGACCAUACGUAUCUGUCGUCGUACCGGUUUGUGCCUCAGCAAGAUCAUACAAUGCAGAGAAGAAUCAUGGAGAACCACAAGAAGCAUGUAGGUCAAUCACCGGCUGAGGCAGACUUAAAUCUGCUAGAAACGGCACGGCGGUGUGAGCUGUACGGCAUGAAGAUGCACCCAGCCAAAGAUCACGAUGGCGUCCCGUUGAAUUUGGCCGUGGCGCAUAUGGGCAUUGCUGUGUUUCAGGGCAUUACGAGAAUCAACACCUUCUCCUGGGCAAAGAUCCGCAAAAUAUCGUUCAAACGAAAACGCUUCCUGAUUAAAUUACAUCCCGAGAAUUAUGUGUACCAUAAAGAUACGGUAGAGUUUUUCUUCGAGGGUCGCAACGAGUGUAAAAACUUUUGGAAAAAGUGUGUCGAAAAUCAUGGCUUUUUCCGUUGCACCGCCGUGCAAAAUGUGCAGCGCCGCAAGGCACGGGUACUGUCGAGAGGUAGCUCCUUCAGGUAUAGCGGUAAAACCCAGAAACAAAUUAUAGAAUUUGUGCGCGACAACUACGUCAAGCGACAAACGUUUCAAAGGUAA